AUCACAAGAGGGCAGCUGUAUCCCAGGUGGAGUCUUUAUUAUGUGAUCGCAGGUACGGCGCAAGAUUGCGAGAGCCGAGACGAUGGCGUACGAUUUAAAGAACGAGGAGGACGUGAAGGAGUACCUGAAGAACCUUCACAUAGAGUACCAGUUCGGUUGCCACAGCGAAAAGAAGCCGCAGGUGUGCCACUUGUUGGGCGACUAUUACGAGGCGGUCAACUCGGAGCCGGAGAAGGCCGCGUCGUUGUACAAGAUGAACUGCGAUCGGUACAACUACGGCAGGAGCUGCGCGAAAUUCGGCGAUUUCAAAGUGACCGGUAAAGGCUGCAAGAAGGACAUACCGACAGCGUACAAGUACAUGUCGAAGGGCUGCGAGCUCGACGAUGAAUACGGAUGUCUGCACGCUGGUGUCCUAGCGACGUCCAAGAACGACGUCGGAGAGAAGGAUAGGGCCACCCAGGUCCAGGUGGGUGCCAGGUACCUGAGAAAGGCCUGCGACAUGUUCAACUCGCCGAAGGCCUGCUUCUACCUAGCGGUCUUUAAAAAGCCUUCUCCGUGGCUCUCACUCAUCAACGGCACGAUCAUGCAACACUACUUGUUGGUUUCUCGCGCUCGGCUGGCGGCCGCCGUCUUCCUCGCGCUCGUCUCGCACGGCGUUCUGUCCAAUGCGCAGUCGGUCGAUGGUGAAUCGAACAAGACCGUGGUCAACGUGGAGGUCUACUACGAAUCGUUGUGCAGUGACAGCAUGCGAUGGAUCGCAAAUCAACUCGUGCCGUCGUAUCCGCAAUUGAAGAAUCAUAUUCACAUUACGUUUGUGCCUUACGGUAAGGCAACGCACUCGCGCGAGAGCGAAACCGGUCCGUGGCAAUUCAUGUGUCAACACGGGCCCGCCGAGUGCCGUGGGAAUAAGGCCCAGGCGUGCGCGAUCCACUCCAUACAGUCCUCCGAGGCGGCCGAGAAUCAACAGACGCUGAUGGUCGAUCUGGUCAAUUGUGCAAUGUCCAUUGGAGACAUGCCGAAUGCCUUCUCGCAGUGCGCUCAUGACGCCGGCCUGAGCGAGGUGACGCGAAAGUCGAUCGACGAUUGCAUUGCGAGCCCGUUGGCGAACGAACUGCUCGCAGUGAACGGCGAUAAAACCGCAGCCCUCGAGCCACCUUUGAGAUUCGUCCCGACGAUAGUGAUCAACGGGGUGUACUCGAAGGAAAAUCAGGACGAGGCGCUGAGGAACCUGCCGACACUGAUCUGCCGGCAUUUAACGGCGGAGGAACAGCCGAGCAUCUGCAGCAGCGAGAAUUGACGAGGGUUGCGGAGAGAGAUUAGGGCCGAGUCGCGCGUUGAAGGUGCGGGGACGGAUAAUCGCUCGGUCGAAGUAAAUGAUGUAUUUUGUUCGCCUAUCUAAUAUUAUAUCUAAGUACCUUUUUACAAAAAUAUAUACGAUUUGUCAAGU